CGUGGAGCUUUAAGGCAGUGCAAUCAGCCGGGCAACGCUUCACCGAAAACGCUCGUAGGAACAUGAGCGGCUCCACCGAGUCCCGGUGCCAUCGAAAAGCGACAGGCGCGACGCGGCAAAUAUUGACUUCGUCAAUGCGGCUCGCAGCGUCAAUGUGGACUCGGUGCAGUUACACCUCCGUCGUCAUUGGAGUGGGUUCCCUCGGGCCUGUCUCCAUAGUCUCAGUUAGACGGGCGGCUCAUCUGCGGGCUGGCGUCGGCAGCUCUUCGAUAUUUUUCUUUCUUGGUCCAGCAGAGCGGCGUUUCACUCUCCCUCUUGCAAGAUAUCGAGCACGCCGAAAAGUGAGGCCCCAGGUUCUCAUUCCCUCUUCGGCACCGUCGAGACCGCAUACUCGACAAUCUUUCCGACACCAAACGGCAGCACGUCGGCUUUUCGAUGGGCCUUGCGGACUACAUGAGUGAAAACAUGAGCAACAAUGGCCAACAGAGCUGGCGCCAGUGGGAACCGGACCAUGAACCCCCUAUGGACGGGAAACCCGACGUCCCGGACGUGAGCUGUGUCGGUAACGUUGAGCCACGCCCGGCACCGGCAUCGCAACCGCUGUCGAAUGGCGUGCCCAGUAGCGCACUGGCGCCGCUCAACCACCACAACCAGCUCACGCGCUUCAUUGCCAAGCAGACGCUCGGCUACAUCCCCAAGCUCAGCGUGCGCAGCCCCGAGCGCAGCACGUCGCCGCCCAGUGCCGUUUACGGCGGCAUGCCACGUGAAGGCGGUGUCUUCAACUUCGAGAGCCCGCGCGCCAGCGCCGUGCGAUCGCCGUCGUUCCGACUUCCGAGCAUCGGUACCCCGCCACUGUCACCCCAGAAGUGGGCGAGUCCGUCUCCGUUCGCGAAUCAGGAGGACGCUGAGAGCGGCCGCCCGAGUCUGCCGGCACUGAACCAAAGUGCCGGCAGCUUCAUCCAGCGGUCCGGUAGCUUCUCCGAGAGCUGUUCGUCCCCCAUCCCACCGCUCAAGCGGGCGCACCAAGAGACGACUCGGCACGCCAUGUCCAUCGCCGAUUUGUGUCAGCCCUUCCGCUACGUGCGCUCCUCGUCCUGUCCGUCUGACACGAACCCAGGCGCGUCCGGGUCCAAUCCCGCGACACCACCGCAAGAGAGCGAGCCGCAGCCCGCCGUCGAACAGAGCUGGAGACCGGCCAUUGAGCAGCAGACCUACAUCCGCACCCAGUCGUGCAGUAGCGACGCCGACAUGCUACGCGGUAGUCUACCGCACAGCUCGGACGAGUUCCAACACAACCGACUGGAGCGUAGCAGCUCCAUGGACGCGCCCACGCUCAUGCGCCACCUCAAGCGCACGGCGGCCGAGUCCAUCGACCUAACUCAAUGGCUCGACCGGCCAUGCCGGAACUCGCUCAGUUCGCUUGCCGACUCGGCCGAUUCAAUGCACCAGCUGGAGCAGGCCGGUCGAUCUAUGCGUAUCUCGGACUCACCACGUGCGGAUCUCGCGCCUAACGAGACCAAACGCGAGAAGAAACUCUGUGCCUUUCCGCAGUGCUCCAGCAACGCCGUGACGCGCGGGCUCUGCAUCAGUCACGGCGGAGGUCGCAGAUGCCAACGCAAGGGCUGUACGCGCGGUGCUCAGAGUAAGGGGCUUUGUGUGGCCCAUGGUGGUGGCCGUAUCUGUCGCGCCGCUGGUUGCUCCAACAUUCAGCGCAGCAUGGGCCUGUGCAUCCGGCACGGCGGCGGUCGACGCUGCAGCGUCAAAGGCUGCCAGAAGGGCGUCGUGCGGCAGGACCUGUGCACGGCGCACGGCGGCAAGCGCAAGUGUCGCGUGCCGGAAUGCACCAAGCACGUCAAGAAGAAAGGCCUGUGCCGGUCGCACGCCAACUCGAUGUAUGUAACCUCGAGCUUGCAGUAAAUAAGUAAGGCACAGGCUGCCAGCACCUACCAGCCCGCCUUGAUGACCAUGUUUAUCCAUCCUCCCAUCGACAUUAAACCAAAAGUGUACAUAUAGGCGAUCGCCAAAAGUGUCUAUAGGACAGGUCCCAUGCACGUUAUCUUUUCGGUGUUGCUUUCCUAGCUAAUCUUCCAUCGGGGGUCGUAGCCGCUGCGAUGUGCAAUGCGCGGUUUGCUCGGCCGAGCACCGAAAGACAGCAUUAAUGGAGCUCCAUUCACUUGCAAACGC